AUGGACGAAGUGAAAAAACGUCGUAUUUCUGAAGCAAAAGACUGCAUAAAAAAAGCUGAAGCUCACUUGAAAACGUCGAUUCUGAAGAUAAAAUUCAAACCAGACUACGAUAGCGCAGCCAUGGAAUAUGAUCGAGCUGCGAUUUGUUUUAAGAAUGCUUCAGAAAUAAAGCUUUCUUGUGAUGCCUACCUAAAAGCUGCUGAAAUGCACAAGGAAAAUGGGAAUUUAUUUCAUUGGGCUAAAUGCAAUGAAAAUGCCGCGAUGCUUUUAAAAGAUAUGGGAGACAGCAGUGGUGCACUGAAGUAUAUGAAUUUAGCAGCAGAUGGAUAUGCCGAAUCAGGAAGCAGCGACACUUCGGCUAUGGUACUAAACAAAGCAGCUAAAUGUUUGGAAGAUAUUGAUUGUGAAAAAGCUAUUGAGAGCGAUCGUUCACGAAUGGCAGGAGAAUUCAUGAGUCAACUUACAAGAUUGUAUUUGAAGCUGAAACAGUACAACAGUGCUGCUGAUAUGAUCAGUGAAGAAAUAGAAAAAUAUAUGGAAGUUAAAGAAAGUGGUCGAGUGAGACAGCUAACAGUUGCUCUCGUUCUAGUUCAACUAGCGCUUGAUGACCCCGUGGCAGCUACCAAAAGUGUGCAAAAGUUUUCUGAACAUGUGUACUUGAAUAUAUAUCGUGGUAUGAAUUCCUUAGAUAAUGCAUAUUUUCAUUAUUUCUCAUUCAGGUGUGAUGGCUUCGGAUCUUCGGAGGAUGCAAAUGUUUGUAAUGCUUUGAUCUCAGCUUUUGAAUCUCAUGAUAAUCAUCGUUUUCAACAGAUCCUUCAGUCUCCAAUCUUGAGGACUAUGGAUAAUGAAUAUCUUCGCCUGAUGAAAUCAUUAAAGGCUGGUAUUGAAGGAAGUAAUGAAAUGGGACAAGAUUACAAGAGUAAUGAGAUUGCAGAAGAAAGUGAUGAAGAUUUGAAAUAA